UAAAAUUAAAAACAAAAAUCAAUAUCGCAACUUUUCAAACAAUAAAUUAAAAACUUUACUCCAAAAGGACUCUAAACAGAAGCCCUGAUCGGGGAUGGAGGAAGCAACCGGCAGCGGCGGUGGGAUUCACUGGUUGUGGGCGGUAGCCAGUGCUGGUCAAAUGGGAUGGGGUGUGCGUUCAUACCUUAAGGGCUACCCAGGGGAUUCCUGCCUCAUGCCUUUGAAAGCUUUCACUGUUGCUUCUCUCUUCAUAGGUAGCGCUGCUUCCGCAUCUAUUUUCAUUCUUCAUUCUAAUGGCAUCCAUGGGGUGGAUGAUCUCAUUGGUGCCGGUGCCAAUUUAAGAGCUAAACUUGGGUUACGUCCACGCACACCGACUAAUAGGAAUAUGGAUGAGUCCUAACCAAAUAUACUCAGUCACAUCUUGUGCUAUUACUUGGUGGUGUGGUUCGUUGGUGGAGAAGCAGUCAUAACAUACCGUGGUUUGGUUCCUUGUCAGGUUGAAGGUUUCAUGCGCAGUUCAACAAUAAUAUGAUUAUUAGAGCUCAUUUUGUGUGCAUCUUGUAUUACUUUGUUAUCCAUUAUAUAUUUUUCAUUGUUCUUAGUUAUUGAUCAUGACGUGUAGUUUUCUAGAGCUUCAGUUUUUGUAUAGCGUGCCCUUUGAGAUAUAGAUUAAGGUAUGUACUCCUGACAAACAUGAUAGAACACUUACUUUAUCCAAUGGUGUAAGUCUAUCCACGACAACAAAAGCUAAAGUAUGUUUGGAUUCA